AGGGAGAGAGAAGGACGGAGAGAGGGAGAAAGAAGGACGGAGAGAGUUAGGGAGAGAGAAGGACGGAGAGAGUUAGGGAGAGAGAAGGACGGAGAGAGGGAGAAAGAAAGACGGAGAGAGACGGAGAGAGGGAGAGAGAAGGACAGAGAGUUAAGAAGAGAGAAGGACGGGAGAGAGAAGGACGGAGAGAGGGAGAGAGAAAGACGGAGAGAGGGAGAGAGAAGGACGGAGAGAGACGGAGAGAGGGAGAGAGAAGGACGGAGAGAGGGAGAGAGAAGGACGGAGAGAGUUAGGGAGAGAGAAGGACGGAGAGAGAAGGACGGAGAGAGAAGGACGGAGAGAGUUAGGGAGAGAGAAGGACGGAGAGAGCUGAGUGCCACAUCCGCCACAUCCACCUACAUCAUGUCGCCCUACAGCUACCCCUCACUGACCAACCGUGGGAGCUACUCCAGCACUACCGCUGCCUACAUCAUCCUGUUCAUUAUUUAG